UGUUUGCAUCGCCUCCGGUCACACUGUCUUCGCUGUUCGUGGCCGCAUGGGAGAAAUAGCGGUGAUAGCUUCAACAAUUCAGUAAGAUUGCAUUUACGACAUAAGUUUUUCUGUGCAUUGGACAGUUUACAGUUUCGUAGAUUUAAGCUAUCAAAUUAUCGCUGCACAUUGAGUGUAGUGAUAUAAUGAAGAAAUGCAAAUCGUGAAUUCAAAAUAAAUUUUCCUUAUAAUAAGUCAAGUGAUGCAAGGAUCGUUUCAGUAAAAAAAAUUCAAGUGAGUGUGUUGAUGAUUUUUUAUUACUCACACACAAUAGUAAUCGUUCAAAACAAUAUUUCUUUUGAACAAGGGUGAUACGGGAAAUAAAAAAAGAGCCGAAGUUCUUCAGCAUCCACCCAUUGCGUGCCUACAGCAGUUUUAUUUCGGUGUGUUCGUUUAGGAUAUUCGAAAGUGCGCACUACGGGUUGUAGUAGUGUCACGAAUAGAGUGUUGUGGAUCCGUAGCGCGCCCGAAUGUCUGCAUAAAUCGGUCGCGUGUAAAUCAGUGCGUCCGUGAUACUUGCUGCUGCUGGUUGUCCUCAGAUAAACUAUGAAAAGCUCUCCAGUGCCGUUUGUCCUGGGUAAAAAGACACUAACGGUUGUGAUGCAGGUAUAAAGAGCAUUGUGAGUAGGAAUUUCAUAGUAGCAUGAACUGGAUGACCUUCUUAUCUUAGGCACAGAAUAACUAGAAGACAAAAUUGUUGAGCUCAGAAGAAUUGCGUGAGUUUGAUUCAUUACGGUGAUAUAAAAAAAUGUUUGAGUCUCGAGAAGAAGCGAAACCAGUUUGUAAUAAAUACUGGCACACCAGUGAAAAGGAGAUGUGUGCCAUAAGAGAAAAUUUUAAAUCAGAAUAAGUAGCUGAAGAUGUCGAACCAAUCUACAGAGAUGUGAAAAUGGAAAAUCUAUUUCCAAGUGAUCAUUGCUUUCAGAGAGAAUUCAAGUUUUGUAUUAUGGUUAUGUGAUUAUUGUGCACUAGAAGGAUAAAGCUGGAGUAUGACACCGUUUUCAUGGAAAUAUAUUAUUUUGUAAGUUAGUAUUGAUGCUUGCAGUUGAGCAUGAGUGUUUUGAUAAAAAUGUAUACUUAAGCAUAGAAGUCUUAGUUACGGUAGAAUGAUUGAAAUCAAUCGACCAAAGUUUAAGGUGAAUAGUUUGGUGUAUCAAGCAAAAGAGAAUUGAGUUCUAUUUUGUCGAUUAUGUGGAACCAGGCGAUAGAUCAUAAAAUUUUGCGUUAAGAUAUAUACGCUCGUCAAAGAAUCCUGUAACAGCUAAGGAAAACAUGACCGUUUCUUGACCGGAAAUUGUUUUUUUUUCACUCAACGGAACGGCAAUAAUCAAUGCUGCAGCCGGAGGCGGAUUAAUACGGUGUACGGAAUCAACGAAAAACAUAAAAGCCACAACGCGAUAGUCUAAACUGUGAACCACCACGUCGUUAUUGAAAUCAUCGUUAAUAAAUCUCGUCAAACGGUGACACGACAAUAUUGUCAAGAUUGUCGCCAUACAACAUUUUGACGACGGUGGUGGUGGUGGUGGUGGGAGUGGUUGGUGGGGAAGGUGAUUGUCAUCGCGGUUGGAUAGUUACCAACGAAGAAAACGAUUACUUGUAGCAAAAGAACUUAGUAGAUCAUCCAGCUUCCCGUCGCGAAAAGCCGCUUUUGUUUCGCUGGGAGAUGAGAUGAGGCUGCUACACAGCGUUAGUUUCAUUAUAUUUGCUGCAGUUUCAGUAUGCGCUGGAAAUCCUGAUGCAAAACGUCUUUACGAUGAUCUUUUAAGCAACUAUAAUAAACUGGUACGACCUGUUGUUAAUGUUACAGACGCACUGACUGUGAAGAUAAAAUUGAAAUUGUCGCAGCUUAUUGAUGUGAAUUUGAAAAAUCAAAUUAUGACCACCAACCUGUGGGUAGAACAGACGUGGUACGACUACAAACUAAAAUGGGAACCAAAAGAGUACGGUGGAGUGGAAAUGCUACACGUACCAUCGGACCACAUCUGGCGACCGGAUAUAGUACUUUACAACAAUGCUGAUGGUAAUUUCGAGGUAACACUGGCAACGAAAGCCACCCUCAAUUACACUGGACGCGUCGAAUGGCGACCACCGGCCAUCUAUAAGAGUUCCUGUGAAAUCGAUGUGGAAUACUUCCCUUUUGACGAGCAAACCUGUGUAAUGAAGUUUGGCAGUUGGACGUACGACGGUUUUCAGGUCGAUCUACGUCAUAUCGAUGAAGUCAACGACACUAACGUAGUUGAGGUCGGUGUAGACUUGUCAGAGUUCUACACAUCGGUUGAGUGGGAUAUUCUAGAAGUUCCUGCAGUUAGAAAUGAAAAAUUCUACACAUGUUGUGAUGAACCGUAUCUCGAUAUCACUUUCAACAUAACGAUGCGUCGUAAAACGUUGUUUUAUACUGUAAAUUUAAUUAUCCCAUGUAUGGGCAUCAGUUUCCUAACGAUUUUGGUGUUCUACCUGCCAUCAGACAGUGGUGAAAAGGUAUCGUUAAGCAUAUCCAUCCUGCUCUCACUGACUGUGUUCUUCUUGCUACUGGCGGAAAUCAUUCCACCGACGUCACUGGUAGUGCCACUACUGGGGAAAUUUGUGCUGUUCACCAUGAUCCUCGACACAUUCAGCAUAUGUGUUACCGUGAUAGUUCUGAACAUACAUUUCCGUUCACCCCAAACACAUACGAUGGCCCCGUGGGUUCGUACGAUAUUCAUUAAUCACCUCCCAAAGCUUCUGGUGAUGCGCCGCCCUAUCUAUCAGCCGCUACAUCAUUUUAGCGCUGCUUCGCAAAGAUUUAUGUUGCGUUCAUGCAAUGGAAUGGGCGAUAACAUCCCACCGCUACCACCAACAAUUGCUUUUGAUCCUUCGGUGCUGCUCGAUCGUCAUCUGCUCGCUUCCAGUGACAGCAUAAACACUUGUCGAUUGCACGGUAGUCCAACGCAUCACUCUCAUCAUCAUAGUGGAGGACAUCAUCAUCACUAUCAUCACGGGAUGCAUGGGAUCAAUCUAAUGGAUGACUUAACACUGCCCUACCAGGAUCAUAACCACCACAAUUCCCCAAUGUCUCCGAUCAACCUAAACCUUCUAUCAUCAGGUAGCACGGCGGUACCCAUUCCGCACCAUACAACGACAUCCGGUGGCCUAUCCAGUGCUGGUGCUGCAUUGCUUGAUCCCCAUAGCACCUUCCAAACGAACCUAGCAGGUGGUGUCGGCGCUGGCGCUGGCGGAGCGAGUAAGACUAGCACAAAUGUGAUAAUAAACACUGCAACUAGCACAACUACUAGAAGUAAUCUAAGCUGUUGCAAUAAUCUUUUCCUCAACGAUGGACGAACUGGUUUAGAUAGUAGCGUUCAAUUAACGAACAAUAACAGUGUGGCUGAAGGCACUAUUCACUCGUCAACCGCCGUGCCAAGUGUACCGAUUAUUAAUACCACUGAUAGCGGACUCGGUGGAAAUAGUGGAAAUGAUACCGAUGGCAAAGAUAAAUCAACGCGCCACCGAUGGUUGACAUGCCCAGAGCUGCACAAGGCAAUGGACGGUGUAACGUACAUCGCCGACCACACACGCAAGGAGGAAGAAAGCACAAGAGUAAAGGAAGACUGGAAAUUCGUGGCGAUGGUCUUAGAUCGGCUUUUUCUGUGGAUUUUUACAAUCGCUGUCGUGUUUGGAACGGCCGGUAUCAUUCUGCAAGCACCUACGCUGUACGACACUCGUGUUCCGAUCGACAUCAAAAUGUCAGAAAUUGCGACAACGACUGUGAAACCAUACAUUGCCAAACCAGUGUUAUAAUCGAAUUAUUCAAUCAGUACCAGCCUUCUGGUAAUGAAAAGCGACUGGCUGGUUCUGUCGACAGUCUAUACUACCUACCCACUACUACUGAGAUGUUUCGAGUUCAAGUGCUAUAUCAAAUAAGAAAGAGAAAAACAAAGAAUAACCCACUGUACCACCUUGUUGGCAGAGGAAAGUUUUUGAAGUACAUAUUUUCCUCUCAAGUGGUUCCGUGUUUACGAGGAGUUUGAGAUAUAGAAGAAAGAAAACGGAAAAAAACAUAAACAAGUUAUGUUUUUAUUGUUUAUUACGACGACUGAACCGUUUCAUAUUUCAUUCAUAUUUUAACUUGAAGUAAAGCUUUUCAGAGAAAAGCUCAUAGUGAUAGUCUAGAAAAGUUUUUUUUUGUUACUGAGAAGAAAAACCUCUGAUGAAUAGUAGUGUUGUAUUUAUUGGUAGUCGUUGAGAAAUAAAUGUUGCCAUCGUGUUCUAUCGUUAAUGUGGAAAAUGUUAUAUAGUUUAUGUGAAACAGACAUAAAAAGUUGAUGGACUAUUAAACGAAUUCCAUUCAUGCAUCUGUUAAAUUCAUAAUAAUGUUCAAAGUUCUUCUAAUGGACCAGGUCUUACAUAGAUUUUGGAUACUCAAAAAAAUGGUGUUUGUAGGAUUGGAAUACUUUGCAGAAUUAAAAUCUUUUUCUUUCAUAUAUCUUAAAAAACCCCUUCUAUUUGAACGAACUAUUCAUAAGUUGUAUGUAAUUAUAGAAGAAUUAUACUAGCAUCAUAAUUUUUCAAACCCUGACAAAUUGCCCAUUUAAAUCAAACUUUGCAAACAUCAAAAAGUUCUGGGUCCCAUUUUUCAGUUGGGAAACUGAUCCUAUCGCGUACGAUUAUAGAAUUUCGGAAAGAACUAUGACCCGCGUGGUGUAUGCUAAGGACCUUAGUGUUAUCAUGAAAUUAUGUUUAGACUUUAUUAUGCCGAUAUUUUAGCCACCCUGUUUUAAAUAUCUUUACUCUCUAUGGUAGAGUCAAACGAUGUAGUAUGAUGCCCUUACCAUGCACACUGAAAUACUAAGAGGUUAUUGAAUGACAAUUCACCUGCUACCGUGGUGAGAUCCCCUUUUGAAUCUCUAGUCAUUAUGAGUACACCGAAUAACUGCCCAAGCUACAUUUCCUGCAAAACUGCUUGACAGUCGCACUUUGUUGAGUCGAUUACACCUCUUGAAUCACUUUACUUUACGCAAAUGAACAAAUAUUAACGCAAUUUUUCAAGCAGAUUUUUUUCAUCCCGACAUAAUACAUAAGAUUUACUUAGUCAAAACUCAACUACAUUUUUAUUUUUCUUCGUACUCGUACAACAAGACAACAAACCAUCGUUUUCCACAUUCCGAUCGAUACAACGAUGUUAACAAAUUUCACAGACUUAAAGGUUUUAUAAUACGCACACAAUCUGAAUCAUUGCCAGAUGUACUAAUUUUGAAUCGACUCAAUGAGCCGAUCUAGUAUAACAUCCCUAGUGCUGAAAACGUGUAAACAUGCUCAAGUUAAUCGAAGAGAAUGAACAAAUUUCUGCAAUCAAUUUGUAUUUGCAAAUUAUUGUGCUCUAAUAUGUAAUCGUUUCACAUUAGGUAACACAAUAAAAUGCUAUGUGAUUGAGCUAAAAUUUGAAGAUCUUAAAUCAAUCAAACCCUGAAAAUUUGGAAUGCAGUGUGGAAUAGAAAUUAAAAGUAAUGCUCAUGCAACAAAGGAAAUAGAAUAAUCAAUAUUAUUGCUUUUUAUGUAUUCCGUACAGAUUUAUUACAGUAACUCUACUAUAUCGGAUUACUCAAACAAAAGUGGUCAAGGAAUAUGAUUGCUAAAUUUCUUGUUUUUACUCUUCGUAUUUUCUGAUGAAAGCAAAAACUCACUGAUUGAAGUGAGAUGAUCUAUUGAACAUGAGUAGUUCAAUUUUAACAGUUAAGGUUGGCAUUAAUAUAGUAAAGCAAUAGUUUACGCGUGUUUUUUGAGGAAUCGUUAUGAGUUAAAGUUUAAACAACGAAACUGAAAUCAAUAAUUGACGCAUGUUGUCUACAAUAUUGAUUUGAUUAGAUAAAAAGGGUAUAUCCGGUACAACAUUCUGCUACGGCACUUGGUCUUCUAUUACGACAAAUUAUGUCACCGAUUCCAGGCACCGUUUUACGAGCAUACGACAUCCGGCUUGUUACGCAAAUUCCUUGUCUACUAAACCUUCGAUCCAAACCAUUUCGCAAGUAGAAGAAAACUCGAAUUUGAAUUAUACCUCACGGUGAUACUUGUUAUGGUCUGUCUGGCACAGUUCUUCCAUUUGGAAAUUAUACUCAGUUAUAAGUUUUGAACUGAUUCUGACCAGAAUACCUCGAUCGUUUAUUUAUUUUUUUGUCAAUAAUAUCGUGUUCCGAAAAGCUAUUUUUUUAAUGAAGUUUUAUAGAGUGUAUAUUACAUAAAUUCGAUUCUUUAUUAUUUUGAAUUGGUUUUUUGUCGUUAAAAAGGUUUUAUCAGCUGUUAGUAAGUUGUGUUAACACGACUUAAGUUAAAUUAAAGUAAUAAAUUUGUAAUACUGAUUGCUCACAAUCUUAAACAUAACAGUGAUAAAAAAUUGCUCAUUAAACUCUACAAACCAUUGUUUCUCGGCAUCCUUCGGUAUUUUCCCUAUGAAUAAUUUUUAUUUUGUUUUUUAUUUGCUUGCUUUGUGUACACUAAUAAUAGAUAGAACAUGCUAGAAAAAAUCAAAACACCUUGACCACUGAGAUUUUACCUCGUCCAACUAUUGGUCAAUAUUAAACAACUUUUUUGCACUACAUUUUACUUCCACAUUUUUAUUCUAAAGAAUAACAUGAAAAACAACAACAAAAUCUUAUCUGCAACGGAGUAAUUUUCUGUUAAACAAAUGUGUAUUUGUUCUAAAUUGACAGAGUAAUCAGUAACAGGACUUUUGAACAAAGCAAAUUAAAAUGAAUAGUAGAUAAUUAACAAAAUGAAUCUAUUGGUCUUAUAUCUUAAUCUUCACAAAUAUUUCAACACACUCAUUUCCCAAAUGAUUCAAUUUGGGCGAAUUUUCACCUAGAAAUAUGAACACUAAUAAUGAACUCCCACAAUCCGAAAACAUAUUUCAUUAACUAGUAUUUAGCAUUCACUGAAAUUUCCAUAGACUCAUUACUUCUUCUUACAUCUCCUACUUUACUGUAAGAAAACAAAUCACUAGUUUUACCAUAGCGGUAAUAAAAAAGUACAUUGGACUAGGAACAAACAAAUAUUCGCAUAGUUUUUAUAAUCGGAAGAAAAUUAAUAUUAACAAAAUAAAAAAAAACAAAAAUUGAAAUAAAAGGUUAACUUCGACGGAAACAAAAUACUAUUAAAAGUGUUAUAUUUAAAACAAGUGCACAGAGUACUAUCGAGUAACAUUAAAAAGGGAAGAGAAUACGUUUAUAUACAUAGAAAUAACAGAAAGAGCAGAUAUCGUUUUAGACAAAGAAAUUCAGAUAACAAUAACAAGAUACAUAACAACACACAAAAUAAGCAAAACGAACGUGUUACUUUUAAGGUGUGCGAAAUUUGUUUAAUAAGAUUUUUGUACAAUUUUACUCGAGUACGCAAGUCGAUUUUGAGAAACUCAAAGACAUUUAGUACAUUACUGAAAUGGCAGAAAGAGCGUUAUAAAAAAAGUAGUUGAUCGGUUAGUUUUUUUAUUACUGUUAUUGCUGCUAUCGCUGUACGUCUGUAGAUUUCCCGUCCGUCCUUCGUACCAGGAUCGACAGAACUAGCAAAUGACCCAAACUAAAAAUUAUUAUGCUGAGUAGUAGAUACAUUCAGAUUGAGGAUUAUUAACGGGAGAUUGAUUACAAAAUUUGACAAGUAUAAUUAUACACUCUGGCGGACGGAAGGACUAUGUUCAACGUACGGGAUUGUCAGUCAAAUUGUUUAGGUCAGCGGUAAUAUCCAGCAAUGCAAUGCUAAUGUGUGAAAACAACAAUGAAAGCAGGAUAGUAAAAUUAUGUGCGACAAGGUGAUUUUAUUGUAAAUGAAAACAGAAAAAAUAAAGGAGCAAAAUAAAAAAAUAAUCUCUAUAAAAUGCA